AGCGGGCUGCACGCGUGAGUAAACAGCCGGAGCCGGGGAAGUCGAGCUCCGGCCGCGUCCGGGGGCGGAGGGGCAGCGGUGGAGCGGGCCCAGUUCUGGUCUUUGUACGUGAGGGUAAAUUUCAGGGACACGGUAGGCUGCGGGGACUCCUCGGUGUGGCUCAGCCUCCGCCCCCUCGCGGCGAGACGCCUGGCUCCCUGGGCUUCUCCCGCCCCCCGCCGGUCUCCUCCCUCUGUUGAAAGCGGCCCGGGAAAGUGGUGGCGGGAGCGGCUCAGGCCCCGGCGAGCGUGGGCCCGGCGUGUGGUGCCACUCGGAAGAGGAGGUUGGGCUCCGGGUGUGGACGCAGCGUGGGGGAGAGGCCGCGGCGGCCGGGCUCCCGCUGCGCGCUGCGGGGCUCUUUCUGUCGGUCACUGGGUUUUCUCCUCUUCCGGUCCCGGCCUCAGGGUGGCCGACAUGACGGCCAGGGGUCAGAGCCCCCUCGCGCCGCUGUUGGAGACUUUGGAAGACGCUUCCGCCUCCCAUGGAGAGCAGACUGAUGCUUACCUGACUCUGACCAGUCGUAUGACUGGAGAAGAAGGAAAAGAAGUAAUUAUAGAAAUUGAGAAAAAACUUCCUCGACUGUAUAAAGUCUUGAAGACUCACAUUUCUAAUCAAAAUUCGGAGCUGAGUAGUGCUGCCCUACAAGCCUUGGGGUUUUGCUUGUAUAAUCCCAAAAUUACUUCAGAAUUAUCAGAGGCAAAUAUUAAAGAACUGCUUUCAAAAUUGAAUGAUAUUGUUAAGAGUCCAGAUAAAAAUGUACGUACGAGGGCACUUUGGGUGAUUUCUAAGCAGACAUUUCCUACUGAAGUUGUUGGCAAAAUGGUACCCAGUAUUAUUGAUUCAUUAGAACUAUUAUUUAAUAAAGGAGAAAUGCAUUCUGCUGUUGUUGAUUUUGAAGCACUAAAUGUUAUCAUAAGGCUAAUUGAGCAAGCUCCAGUUCAGAUGGGAGAAGAAUCAGUAAGAUGGGCAAAACUGGUCAUACCAUUAGUGGUUCAUUCAGCCCAAAAGGUACAUUUGCGGGGAGCAACUGCUCUAGAGAUGGGAAUGCCAUUGUUGCUUCAGAAACAGCAAGAAAUAGCAUCUAUUACAGAGCAGCUUAUGACUACUAAAUUAAUCUCAGAACUCCAAAAGCUAUUUAUGAGUAAAAAUGAGACUUAUGUGUUAAAAUUAUGGCCUUUGUUUGUUAAACUACUUGGAAAGACCUUGCAUCGAAGUGGGAGUUUCAUCAAUUCUCUGUUACAGCUAGAAGAAUUAGGAUUUCGUAGUGGAGCACCUGUGGUUAAAAAAAUAGCUUUUAUUGCUUGGAAGAGUUUAAUAGAUAAUUUUGCUUUAAAUCCAGAUAUACUAUGUAGUGCAAAAAGAUUGAAGUUGCUAAUGCAGCCUUUGAGUUCCAUCCAUGUAAGAACAGAAACUCUAGCAUUAACAAAACUAGAAGUUUGGUGGUAUUUGCUGAUGAGACUUGGACCUCAUCUUCCUGCUAAUUUUGAACAGGUUUGUGUGCCUCUGAUACAAAGCACGAUAAGCAUUGAUUCCAGUGCUUCACCUCCAGGCAAUUCAUCUCGUGUAGCUGCUUCUCCGGGUUUAAAUCCUAUGACUCCUGUACACAAAGGUGCUUCUCCUUUUGGACCCCCUAUAACUCCAAGAAUGAACUCGAGUUCCAGUUUAGGUGGAAUGGCUGCGAUUCCUUCCAUUCAACUUUUGGGGAUUGAAAUGUUGCUGCAUUUUUUGUUGGGUCCAGAUGUCUUGAGUUUUGCUAAACAAAACAGACUUGUACUGAGCCUAGAACCACUUGAAUAUACAUUAAUUAGCAGCCAUUCUUUUUUUUCCAAACAUGCAAAUACACUUAUCACUGCUGUUCGUGAUAGCUUUGUUGCAGUUGGAAAAGAUGCCUCUGAUGCAGUUGUCAGUGCUAUCUGGAAGGAACUUAUUAGCUUGGUGAAGUCAGUUACUGAAUCUGGUAACAAAAAAGAAAGACCAGGUUCUGAAGUUUUGACCCUCUUAAUAAAAUCUUUGGAAAGCAUAGUGAAGUCUGAAGUAUUUCCUGUAUCCAAAACACUGGUCCUCAUGGAAAUUACAAUUAAAGGACUUCCUCAGAAAGUAUUAGGUUCACCAGCAUAUCAGGGAACUCCAGCUUUGUUCUUAAUUCAGUUAACUUUCAGCAACCUCUUGGAAUGUGGUAUAGAAGAUGAAAGGUUUUUUCUCAAUCUCGAAACACUUGUAAGCUGUGUUCUUUCUGGUCCAACUUCACCAUUAGCUUUCAGUGACUCUGUUUUAAAUGUUAUUAAUCAAAAUGCAAAGCAAUUGGAAAAUACAGAGCAUCUCUGGAGAAUGUGGAGUAUUAUAGUCACACCAUUAACAGAAUUGAUUAAUCAGACCAAUGAAGUGAAUCAAGGUGAUGCCUUAGAACAUAAUUUUAGUGCCGUCUAUGGUGCAUUAAUUUUACCCAUAAAUCAUAUAUUUUCAGUACAGAAAUUUCCUGUGGCCCCUAUGAAGACCUUGCUUAGAACUUGGUCAGAAUUGUAUCGAGCAUUUGCUCGCUGUGCUGCUUUGGUGGCAACAGCAGAAGAGAAUUUGUGCUGUGAGGAACUUUGUUCCAAGAUAAUGUCCAGUUUGGAAGGUGAAGGCCUUUUGAAUUUGUUUUUCUUGGAUAGGAUUGUUCAUAUUGUUACAUUAAUGGUUGAUUGCAUAGACUUCUCUCCAUAUGAUAUUAAAUACCAGCCCAAAGUUAAAUCACCACAGAGACCUUCAGAUUGGAACAAAAAGAAGAAUGAGCCCUUAGGGAAAUUGACUUCUUUAUUUAAACUUAUUGUGAAAGUGAUUUAUUCUUUCCACACUCUGAGUUUCAAGGAAGAACAUUCUGAUACCCUCUUCGCUAUUGGCAAUUCAGUCACCAACAUUCUUUCCAAUGUACUUGGACGUAUUUCUUUGCCAUCUAUGACCCGAAAAAUAUUUGCAACUUUAACACAACCUCUGAUGUUAUUUUAUGAAAACUCAAAGCUUGAUCAAGUUCCUAAAGUGUAUAGUUGUCUGAGUAACAAGUUAGAAAAGCUACUAGGAGAAAUUAUUGCUUGUCUACAAUUCAACUACACUGGAGCAUAUGACAGUGAACUUCUUGAACAACUCUCUCCACUGUUAUGCAUAACAUUGCUGCAUAAAAAUAAACAGAUUCGAAAACAGAGUGCUCAGUUCUGGAAUGCCACAUUUGCUAAAGUGACAAUGUUGAUUUAUCCUGAUGAGUUAAAACCAGUACUAAGACAAGCCAAACAAAAAUUUCUGCUUCUGUUGCCUGGUUUGGAAACUGUUGAAAUGAUGGAGGAAUCCAGUGAACCAUAUUCAGAUGCAACAGAAAAUUCACAAUUAAAUAUGAAAAUAAGUGGCAUGGAAAGAAAAUCAAGUGGUAAAAGAGAUUCCUUAUUGGCACAAACAAAGGAUAAGAAAGAAAAUAUGAAAGCACCAGCCAAACUGAAAGUUGAAUCUUCGUCUCUAAAAAUAAAGAGUGAAACGGUUUUAGAAGAAGAAAAGUCUACUGACUUUGUGUUUAUACCUCCAGAAGGAAAAGAUGCAAAGGAAAAAAUACUAACUGAACAUCAAAAAGAAAUACUCAGAACGAAGAGGUGUGAUAUUCCUACCAUGUAUAAUAAUUUGGAUGUUUCACAAGAUACCUUACUUUCUCAGAACAGUCAGGAAGAGUCUAUGGAAACCCCUACUUUAAGCAGAAAACAAAAGGAGGAUUCCAAAAUGAUGUUAGAGGAGGAACAAAUGGAAAGUGAUAAUGUCGUUCCUCAAGAUGUCACGGAAAACUGUGGUAUGGAUGAACAUUUUGAAAAGACUUCCUUUUCAAAUUAUGAGUGUGGUUCUGUUGGCAAAACCAGUCCAGAAAAGCUAAGUGCUAAAAAUGAUUCCAGAAAAAAAUCUUUAAUUUCAUCAAAGAAAACUUCAACUGAAUGUGCAUCUAGUGCAGAAAAUUCUUUUGUCAGCAGUAGCUCAGUUGCUAAUGCCACUAUUUCUGGAACUUCCCCACACCCUGUGAGUCGGAGGCAAACUUUUAUUACAUUGGAGAAGUUUGAUGGUUCAGAAAAUAGACCUUUUAGCCCAUCCCCCUUGAAUGACAUGUCGUCAACUGUUACAGUGAAAAAUAACCAGGAAAAUAUGAUUAAAACAGAUAUUCCACAAAAAGCAAAGCGAAGAGAAAUGACUCCUUCAAAAUCUGAUUCUGAAAGAACAUCAAAUGCAACUAAGAGAUCAAGCCGGAGAGUGGGUAAAGCUGAACAAGCAGGGAAUAAAAGGUCUAAGUUCUUAAUGAGAUCUGAACAGGAGAAAAAUACUGAGGAAUCUAUUGAAGGCAUGGUAACCUUAGAAAAUAACCCACCUUGUUUGGUUAAUCAAACAGAAUAUACAUCAGAUAAUCAGGUUCAUCUUUCUCAAUCUGCAGUAGAGCAUGAAGAUACCAAGCUUAAAUCAACCAAUCAAUCAAUUGAUACCAAUCAAUCAAUUGAAAAUGCUGUCUCGUUGGAAAAUAAUACCGUAGAAGAGAAAAAUGUAGAAGUUAAUUUGGAAUCCAAAGAAAAUACACCCCCACUAGUAAUACCAUCAGACCAAAUGGUAAAUGAGGAUAGUCAGAUUCACAUAACUCCAAAUCAAAAAACCCUUAGGCGAUCUUCAAGGCGACGAUCAGAAAUAUCAGAAUCUACCACUGAUAUUCAAGAUAAGGAAAAUAAUCAUCAAAAAAGGGAAAGACGUAAGGAAGAAGAAAAACCUUUUCAGAAGAGUCCAUUGCAUAUGAAAGAAGAUGUAUUGCCUAAGCAAAAACUGAUUUCUGAACAAAUUGUGCAGGAGAAUUUAGUUGAGAAAGGAAAUAAUUUACAUGAGAAGACUUUAGGGGAAACCAGUGCUAGUGCAGAAAUUGACCAAAAUAAAGGCAAGCCAGAGGGAGAUUGUGUCCAGGACAUUGCACAUAAAUCUUCUGAGAAACCAAUAAGGGGCCGAACACGGUAUCAAACAAGAAGAGCAUCUCAGGGUUUUCUUUCCAGCAUUGAAAACUCAGAGUCCGAUAGCUCUGAGGCAAAAGAGGAAGGUUCUAGAAAGAAGAGAUCUGGAAAAUGGAAAAGUAAAAGCAACGACAGUGUUGAUGUUGAAGAUCAAGAGGAGAAAACAGUAAAACCAGAGUGUAUAAAAGCUGAAAAUCAGACACAGGAUUGUAAAGCAAGUUCUGAAGUAGACAUAACAUCUCAGGUUUGUGAAAAAAAAGAUGAAAGUAGUACUGUAACACUUGAGGAUUCUAUAUCUUCAGAUUUACAAGUUUCUGAUGAUGGAGCAAAUACACAUGAGGGAGAAAGUAAAACUAGCAAAUGUGGAGAAUACUGUUUUUCAAGUCCACCCCUGCCAGAAUCAAAUCUAAGGACUAGAAAUGCCAAUAAGAGAUUACAUAAGCGAGACUGUGUUGAUAACAAUAGUGUAGGAGAAUCCUCAAAAAUAGGGACAGCAGACAUGUCUUUGCUUCCUGAAAAAACUUCUCAAACCCUUGAAUGUCAGCAUAAGAGAAGUAGAAGGGUGAGGAGAUCUAAAGGUUGUGAUUGCUGUGGGGAAAAAUCACAACUUCAGGAGAAGUCAUUCAUUGGGUUAAAGAACACGGAAAAUUAUGAUGUAAAGAUUAGUGAAACAAAAACAGAUGUACAGACACCUGUAACUAUAUCAGAAACUUCUAAAGUUAAUGUGUAUUCUGAAGCAAAAUUUUUAGAUGAGCACCACAGUGUGACUUUUCAUUUGGGUCUCAAGGAGGAUAAUGAUGCUGUUAGUAAUUCAUUAAUUGAAACUGAAUUGAAAGAAAAUACUACUAAAGAAACUCUUUCUUCUGAGAUGAUAAAUUUUAAAGAGGAAAUUUGUGAUAUGGAUUCUAGUGAAAUGCCUCUUCAAAGUGAAGAGCCACCUAAUAAAAAAUUAAUAGCUGUUGGCCCUUGUUUAGAUGAUUCCAAAGAUACUUCACAGGAAUGUUCUUUAGAGACUAAAGAAGAAAAAUUAGAAAUUACCCUGAAAGGGGAUUUAAGCCUUCAGAAUGUUGUUAAUGUUGGAAAAAGUUCAUGUAAAAUAACAGAAUCCAAUCUAGAGGAAGUAGAAACCAUGGAAUUCAGUGUACAAAUUGAUAAAUCUGAAGCUAGCAUCUCUGAACAACAGAGUGCCAAAACUGGUAUUUCUGAACCAGCAGCAACAGAGGAAAACGGUGGAAGAAGUGGUGAAUCUGAAGCAGACAUAUCUAAAGAACUGAAUGCCAGAGAAGCAACAACUGAGAAAUGUAAUUCUGAUAAUACUGUACCUGUAGCAGUGAAUGCGCAGAUAUCUGAACAAACAGCAGUUGGAGAACUAGAUGGAGCAAGUGCUGUAUCUGAUGAAGGUUCCUCUGAAGAAAUGAAUGUUGAAAUGGAAAAUUAUGAACAAACAGUGAUUGAUGGGGUGAAUACUGAAACUGACCACAUCAGUGAAACAGAAGUUGAGGACAUACCCAUUAAAACCUGUAGAUCUGAAGAAAUGCAGAGAAAAAGACAGAAUGUAGAAAUGGACAACUUAGUUUCCAACACACUUGAAAUGAGCACUGAAGAAGGAAAGAUUGACUGUAAUAAAAUUGAAACAAAUACUGAACUUAAUAUAGCUGAAGAAAUAAAAGCAAAUGACAAUCAAAUGGUAGUGGGAAAUUAUAUUUUACAGGAAGUUCACACUUCAGAGAGAGUGGAGGAGCCAUCAAAAUCUCUAACAUCUGAAGCAGGUAUCUCUGAACUGGUAAUAGAAGAUAAUGCAUCUCCUCAAAAAUUAAAGGAACUUGAUCCUUUGCUUGUGUCUGCAAAUGGCAGUCCUAGUGGCAUGCAGACACGCUGUGUCUGGUCACCUUUGGCUUCUCCAUCCACCAGCAUUUUAAAGCGAGGACUAAAAAGACCCCAGGAAGAAGAGGUCUCAUCACCUGUUAACAAGGUUCGCCGUGUCUCCUUUGCAGACCCAAUAUACCAAGCAGGAUUGGCAGAUGACAUUGAUAGGCGAUGCUCUGUUGUUAGGUCUCAUUCUUCAAAUAGUUCCCACGUAGUAAAAAGUGUUAAAACUUCUCCUACUGCACAAUCUAAGCAUAAUACCACUUCAAUCAAAGGAUUUCUGUCCCCAGGAUCACGUAGCCCUAAAUUUAAGAGCUCAAAGAAGUGUUUAAUUACAGAAAUGGCCAAAGAAUCCAUGACAUGUCCAACAGAAAGUGUUUACCCAGCUUUGGUGAACUGUGUGGCACCAGUUGACAUAAUUUUACCUCAGAUUACAUCAAAUAUGUGGGCAAGAGGCCUGGGACAACUCAUUAGAGCCAAGAAUAUAAAAACAAUUGGUGAUUUGAGUACUCUUACAGCAUCUGAAAUAAAAACUCUUCCUAUCCGUUCUCCAAAAGUGUCCAAUGUAAAAAGAGCUCUCAGAGUUUAUCACGAGCAGCAGGUGAAAACUCGUGGACUAGAAGAGAUUCCAGUUUUUGAUAUUUCUGAAAAAACAAUAAAUGGAAUAGAAAAUAAAUCUCUAUCUCCUGAUGAAGAAAGACUUGCCUCAGAUUUGAUUGAUCCUGUUAAUUUAGAAACUCCAUUAUCUAAAAAUCUUUUGGCACAGAUCAGCGCUCUUGCUCUUCAGCUGGAUUCAGAAGAUCUCCAUAAUUACUCAGGAAGCCAGCUGUUUGAAAUGCAUGAGAAGCUAGGUAGCAUGGCAAACUCUAUAAUAAAAAAUCUGCAGUCACGUUGGAGAUCACCAGCCCAUGAAAAUUCUAGUUAGUAUUUUCAGAGAAAAUUGGAAGUUGGGUUUUUUUUGUUUUUUUUUUUUUUAAAUCACUGGAUUUCUUUGUUGAUGAAACAAGUUUGGAAAUACAGCACAAUUUCAAAGAGACUAUUUAUAAAGUUGAUAGCAUUUCAGACACUGAAAAAUAGUCACUUAUUAUGUAAGUUCAUUAUGUAAGAUUCCCCCCACCCCACCCUGUAUAAUGUAUCUUGGCUGCUGUGCAUAAUUUUUCGAGAAAUUUAAUUAUCUUACUGAGAUGUUAAAGCAAAAACUAGAAACAGAAACAUACAUUUUAUUGUACACUUUGUUAAAUCAUACAUACUCUGGUUGAAAUAUGUAAUAUAAAGUAAGUAAAAUUGAAAAUUUUUAUUUGAAUUAUUGCCGAACUGAUAAAGGUAUUUAUAUUUGAUUUUUAAAAAUUAAUACUUGUUGUGACUGAGCCUUAGGAAAUUUUUCUUGAUGAAGCACCUGAAACAUGCAGAAGACUUGAAACUUUUCCCACAGAUGUCAACUUUGGGCAGCCUUUGAGAAAAAUGCCAAAAGUUUUAAUUUCUGGGUGUUAAAGUGUUAGUGCAGAUUUGCUGAGAUUCCAUUCGUUUGCAUUAGCAAAUAUUUGUGCAACAGCAUUUGCGUGUGAAAAUUUAUUCUUAGGAGACAUAGUAUUCAUUUUUAAUGCAUGACUGUACAUUAUGUAUAGAUGACGAUGUUUUUAAUUUAUAAAUUUUUAUCUUGAUUGCAUGAAUUUUCUGCAGCUUCUUGUGAAUAGCUUAGCUUUGUUUAAUAGAAACUUUGUAUAUAUUAAACAUAGAUAAUAUGGACAGUAGAAGCAUUUCAUGGGCUUGCUGCAGAUAUUUGUAGAAUUCUGUAUCUACAAAUGAAACAAUAGUUUUGUACUUAAUUAAUAGUCUUAGUUAAAACAGGAGUUUAUUUUCUAAAAGUAUCCAGAAUGAGUAAAAUUAUAGAAAUGAGAAAAUGUUAGACAACUACUUUGCUGUUUAUACCCUUACUUUUUUUUUUGGUUUAGAAGAGGGUAUCAGCCACUAGAAAGUGUGCCUCAUUGCGUAUCUUCUUCAUGGAAUAUUAGUUUGAAUAUUUCAUGGGAGUUGGACAAUAAGAAAUCUAUAAACUUUAUCUGCUUUGUUUCACCUAUACCUAAAAGCAAAUUUAGAAGAAAUUUGAAGCUGUUCUUUUUAAUAUGUAUAUGUUUUGUUUUAAAAAAAAAAUAGGGUAUGUAUAAUUAAAAUAUUUGUACAUUUUACCAGCUAGUAUUAGUGCUUGACUUCCCAUAUUUGUUUCUUUUUUUUAACUGAGAAUAUAUUGCUCUUGUUUUGCAAAUAGAAUGAGUGAAUGCUUCUCCCAGUUUUCACUUUAUUCAGAACGUGAUUCCUAUUUAGAAAGGCACAUUCUCUAGCAAGUCAUUAGAAAGUUUAAUCGUACCUAGUUACCUCCUAUAUUCAGCAGGAGCGUUAGUGUCCCUUUUAUAAUCAUAAGACAAAAUGUUAGUGUCUUUUUCGUAAUCAUAAAUCCACCACCAUUACAAUUUUUUUUUUUUUUGAGUCUUAAUUAUGAUACUUACGUACUAGCUUUAUAAAGCAAUUCUGGGAUCACUGAACUAAGGAUUGUAGCUUGAAUAAAUAACUAAUGAAAAACAUUGAUUUUUAAAGGCAGAAUUAUAAUUGUAGUUUACAUUGUUCAUUUAUAUCUCAAAUUAUAUUUAAUAGUGUACAGGCACAUGAAUUUUUAGAGAAUAGGUGUGAAUAAGAAGGGUUGUGUAUGUGUGUGUUUAAGGACAGGUAAGGGGGUACUUUAACACAGGUUAGAUUUAGAAUUAGCUGGUUUCAUGACUACAUGCCUUAACAUUUGUGUGAACUAAACUUAUUUGCUGAUUGAAGGAUGUUCUUGUAAAAGCUAAACAGUACAGCAGAAAAUAGGACCAAAAUGAUUGUUUACUUAAACCACUGAAUUUGAUAUAAGCACAGGUAGUAAUUUUUUAAAAAUUACAGUUCAGCAAGGGUUAUUUAAAUAUUUGAAUAUACAUAUAGACCAGCUUGCUGAAACUUCAUUGUUGCUAUGGCUGUAUAAGCAUAUAUUUGAGGUAUCAUAUUUUCAGUAUUCUUGCCUUAAAGUUUUCUCAGUUUUCUCCCUGAAUAGUUCGUAAAUAGCAAAACAUUAAUAUUCCUUGAUCAGUUCCAUUGUGUUCUUUAUUAAAAUGGAGCCUGUUUUUCCAAAUCUUUUUUCAUGGUUAAUAAAACAGAUGGCAAAUAAAUCUAAGAACACUCCCAUGGUUUCUUAAUUUGUGUAUUUUAAAAGCUCUAGUGGCACAUAGGAUAAGUAACUUUUCAUAGCUAUGAAAUCUAUUUUUGGGUUUCAUAAUGGACUUAAAUUUUCAAUAGUAUUUCAGUGAGCUGCUUAUUAAAGGUACUCUGCCUUUUGAACAAGCUUGAAAGCCAUUAUUGAAUGGUAUACAUCCCUUUUCUAAUUGUAAAUAGCAUAGGAUAAGUCAAGUUAAAUAAUUUCGUUACAUGAUACAGUCAAAAAAUGUGAUUUAAAUCAGAACAUUAAAAGUAUGAUAGAUUGUGACAUUGCUCAGCUUGAAGAUAGUCAGGGAUUCUGUUACAUACUUAAGCAUCAUAAAAAUGUCAAGUGGCAAGAACAAAUUGGGGGAAUAUAAAUAUAUAAGAGAAGUUUUAUUUUUUUUUAAUAAGAAUGAAAAUAUAAGCUGGCAUAGCUGAAAUUUUAGAAAAAAUACAAAUGAGCUAAUAAUUUCCUUUAACGCCAUUUCUUCUAACUUUGACUUUAAUUCAGUAAGAAAUGCCUAAGUCUCAUCUCAUUUUCUGCUGAUGUCUGCGUACUGCACUUGUAGUAAAGCAGGUAGUCCUAAGAAGCUUCAAGCUGUGAAUUAGCUUUUGAUAAUCGAAGCAGAUUUAAGAACUUGGAUUACUGCCACAAAUGAUGAAAAAGGUAGAUGGACUUUUAUAGCUGUUCAAUUUUAUGAUCGUGAAGUCUUCAAACUAGGUUCACAACUUUUAAGAAAGUAAAAUGUAGAAGGUCCAUUUUUUUUUUUAAUAGGCAGAGUUAAGGAUUUCAUGUUAGAACCUUAUUAGUAAAGCAGAUUUAAGUGCUUUCUCUUGAGUAUUGGUGGAUUAUGUUCUCAUUUUUGUUAAUAUAAAUUAAUAUAAUAGUAGAAUUUUAAUUAUUAGAAGUAUAUUUAGUCUCUAAAUCUUGCUUUCUGUUAUGGGUCUUCCAUUAUUUUAUUAAUAACCAUUGAAAAUGUAUACUACCCUAAGGCUAAGUUUUUAGUGCCAUGAUGAAAACAUCACAUCAGACAAAUGUUCCAUGUCAUUCUGCUGAAAAACCUCUGGUAACUUAAUUUGCCAUUAAGAUACAUGCUUGAGAUUUCCUGUUUUCUUGUGGAGUUUGAAAGAGUUGAAUAAUAUGAUUCUCUAAAAGUGAGUUUUUCUGGAAUUCUUUUAAGAUGAAAAAAUUCUUAAAUUCUUCUAACAUUUCCUCACGUUUAGGUAACCUGUUUGUAAGAACUUCAUUCAAAGCACUAAAAGUUGCUAGAAAUAAUGGGUUUCACAGAUUGGUUUAUUAAAAUCUAUUGAUAGCUUAAUGUAUAACAAAAAUUGGUUUUGUGAUUUCUGAUGGUCCAGUUAAUGAUGUAUCUAUUAUGUUCCACAUUUUAUAUUUUGCUUUUUAAAAGUAGCCAUUAAAAUACAAGUCUUUCAUGUUUGAAGAUUUAUAGCUACUUAGUAUAGUAGUCUAACAGAAUUAGGCAAAUUUACUCAAUCCUUGGAAUAGAAUGUUGUAUUUUGCAAUGUCUUCACCAUUUUUUUCUGUUACACUAAACCUUUCUCCACAGAACAGUUAAAAACCAAACAUGACACAGUAUGCUGUAAGUGUUUACUCCUGGGAAAUACCAUUAAAAUAAAAAAUAACCCUUGCCUUUACCUGAGACUGUAAAAUUGAAGGCAGUAUUUUCAGUUGUUGAAGUCACAAGUAAGAAAAAAAUCUGUAUAACUUUUAUACUCAUAGAGGAACUAUUACUUAGGGCCACAGUUUUUCCUAUUUAUAAUAGUGGAUAAAACUAAGCCUAUAAGAUAGUAAGUUCAUAUGCUGAUAGAAAAUGAUGCCCUGAGAAGUAAUAAGAUGAAGAGGCAAGGCAUUUUGAUCUGAAAUUUUAAAUAAUGCAUAGUCCAUUUAAUGUAGUGACAAACAAUCCUAUACACUUUGAAAAUGGCUGAUAGUCAAUAGUCCCUGAGAGCUUUUCUAUACAUAACACAGUAUCAUAAUUGAUGUUCAUAAAUAACCUUGAAUGAUUAUUAAAAAUAAACAUUAAUACUCUGCUUCCUCCAAAUAAUACUUUCCAACAAAAGGCAGCUUUGUUUCUUAAUAGAUGAAGGACAUAUAACUAGGAAGUAAAAAUAAAGUCUCAUGGAACCGAAAUAGUAUUAACUUUUUGAUACAUAAUUGAAUAUUAAGUGCCUAAAGAAUUUAUUUUUAUAGAAUGGGAGUUUUCCAAAAAGAAAUGGUAUUAAGAGCAGAAUCAGUUUUGAGUAUAGAAACUGAAGGAUAGCAAUCUUAACUAGUAAGGUCUUUAACAGAGCAGGGGUUGGCAAAUACCUGUUUUUUUGUGCUACCCAUAAAUAUGGCCAUGUUCAUUUAUU